AGAAUAACUGAAUAAGUGUCGGUAGCCUCUUCGAUUGUCUAACCGCAUCUAUAUAAAGCUGUUAUUAUAGUUAAAUAAUUUUUAAUUUCAGUUUCUUUUUUUCUAUAUCUGUAACCUUCAUCUGCCUCUGCUUGAUUCAUUUACUUUUGUCUCUGUUUUCACUUGAAGAGUCUUCCAGAAACUCGAAGAUUGUAGCUUCUCUAUUUUAUUCCAAUAAUCGCAGAAAAGAAAAGGGGGAACAGACCACAGGACCUGGCUUCCACCUCUUCUUCAAGGUUCAAACCUGAAACCAUUAUAUUCUUUUUUUUGCUCUUCUUAUUCAUAUAUCAGUAUGAAACCAUACAUCAGACAAAGAUUAGACUUUGGCAUAAUUUGAAACUCUCCACACAACAACACUUCUUUCAUUUUUUUAAAAAACAAGAAAAAGAAAAUCUGUACAAAGCAAACAAGAACCCAACUAUAGCAUAACCUGUAUAAUUUCUGAAUCCUACACCAAGAUCCGAUUUUUCGAACCCCAUUUGUUUACCCUUGAAAUCGGGUUCGAGAGAGAGAGAAUGAGCAGAGCAGCAGCAGCGACGGCCCCUCCUUGGCCGCCUGCUGCUGGAGGCGCGAGGUGGAGCGGCUGCCGGCCAUUCUCGCCGGAAGGAGGGCGGCGGCGCGAUCAGCUUCGAGGGAGAGAGAGUGAGAGGCGAUGGGAUAGAUUGAGAACACAAAGACUUGCACGUAGAAAAAUGAAUGGGAGAUUGCAUCAAUGGGUGUUGAUUCUGGUUUCUUUGAUGAUUUUGCUGAGAACUGAAAGCUUCUUUGUUGAUAUCACUUAUGUUCAGAGCGCUGUGGCAAAAGGAGCAGUUUGUUUGGAUGGGAGUCCACCUGCAUACCAUUUUGACAAGGGUUUUGGAGCAGGAAUCAACAAUUGGUUGGUUCACAUUGAGGGAGGAGGGUGGUGCAACAAUGCAACGACGUGCCUAGCCCGAAAAAGCACCCGUUUAGGUUCCUCCAAGCAAAUGGCUAAACAGGUGGUCUUCUCUGGGAUUUUCAGCAACAAGCCUCAGUUCAAUCCUGAUUUCUAUAACUGGAAUAGGAUCAAGGUUAGGUAUUGUGAUGGGGCAUCAUUUACUGGUGAUGUAGAAGCAGUUAAUCCAGCUACUGGUUUAUACUACAGAGGAGCAAGGGUCUUUGUUGCUGUUGUUGAGGACCUUUUAGCAAAAGGAAUGAGCCAUGCUCAAAAUGCUGUUCUAUCUGGAUGCUCAGCUGGUGGCUUGACCUCGAUUCUUCACUGCGAUAGAUUCAGAUCUCUUGUUCCCGCGACCACAAAGGUGAAAUGCUUUGCAGACGCGGGCUUUUUCAUCAACACGAAGGAUGUUUCUGGAGCUCAACACAUUGAACAGUUCUACAAUGAUGUUGUCACAACACAUGGAUCAGCGAAGAAUCUGCCCCAGUUUUGCACGUCGAAGAUGAAGCCAGGCUUGUGCUUCUUCCCUCAAAACAUGGUACAAGGAAUUCAAACACCCAUAUUUCUUGUCAAUGCUGCCUAUGAUUCAUGGCAGAUCAAGAACAUCUUGGCGCCCGGUGUGGCCGAUCCGCACGGCCUCUGGCAUAACUGCAAGACCGAUAUAAACAAGUGCUCUACCACCCAGCUGCAGGUCAUGCAAGAUUUCAGAACGCAGUUUCUAAGCGUGUUGAGCGGAGUAGGAAACUCUGCAUCGAAAGGGUAUUUCAUCAACUCUUGCUACGCUCAUUGUCAGACUGAAAUGCAGGAGACAUGGCUGAGAGCCGAUGCCCCCGUUUUGAAUGGCAAGAACAUAGCGAAAGCUGUCGGAGAUUGGUACUACGACAGAAGCCCAUUUCAGAAGAUCGACUGUCCUUACCCUUGCGACAAAACUUGUCACAACCGCGUUUUUGAAGGAUGAAGGCGUUUUUGAAGGAUACAUAAUUGAAAAUUAUUGGAAGAUAUAUAAUUUGAAGAUAUGCAGAAAGAGUUUCCUAUCAUUCAUUAAGGAUUUGCAAAUAAUGAAAAUUGUAAACCAAGUACAAAGAAACUCUGUCUUUUGGUGUGGAGGCUUCAAAUAUUGUUAAAAAACAGUGAUGUAUUUCAUUGUCUGCAAAAGACUUUACAUCAUAAAAUGUAUGCAAUAAUAAGAUGCCACAAUUUUAUAUAUUUAUAUGAAAGCCAAAAUGUUUCAUAAAA